AUGUCCUAUAUCAAGGAAGCUGAUAUAUUACAAGCUGAUGAAGGAGACGACUUUGAGUUAGAAUCUGGAGGUUCAGGACCGGGAUCUGAAGGUGAAUCUGAACAUUUGAGUAUUCAGAGUGUAAACUUUUUUUCCGUUUUUGACAGUGACGACGAUGUACCAUUUUUAGAGCUUCGCCCGUCUAGACAAAGUCCGGUACUUUGUGAAGACUUUGAAGGAUACACCAAAUCAGAAAUGGAGGAAGAGUGCGAGGAGAGCGCGAGUCUCCCUGUGCGGUACCGUCCCGAGUCACCCGCUGCCCUGGCGCGCGCCUCCCGGUUCACUCCGCACGAGAUCAAGCUCAUGUACCGCGGCUUUAAACAGGAGUGCCCCACGGGAAUGGUGGAUGAAGAGUCCUUCAAGAACAUAUUCUCACAGUUCUUCCCUCUCGGAG